CCGGGGCCAUGGAGGAGCUGAGCAGCGUGGGAGAGCAGGUCUUCGCCGCGGAGUGCAUCCUCAGCAAGCGGCUCCGCAAGGGCAAGCUGGAGUACCUGGUCAAGUGGCGGGGCUGGUCCUCCAAGCACAACAGCUGGGAGCCCGAGGAGAACAUCCUUGAUCCACGACUCCUCCUCGCUUUCCAAAAGAAGGAACACGAAAAAGAAGUGCAGAAUCGGAAGAGGGGCAAGCGGCCCAGGGGCAGGCCCAGGAAGCAUGUGGAACCAGAGAUGCCUGCAAAAACUAAGUCAAGUAGCUCCUCUUCCUCCACAUCCUCCUCUUCCUCCUCCUCUGAUGACGACGACGAAAGUGACCUGGAAGCCAAGAGAGGUCCCCGCAGCAGAGAGACUCACCCGGUACCGCAGAAGAAAGCUCAGAUCCUGGUGGCGAAGCCGGAGAUGAAAGACACUUCCAGGAAGAAGCGUGGGAGGAAACCUCUUCCCCCAGAGCAGAAAGCGGCUCGAAGGACCGUGAACCUGACAAAGGUGCUGAAAACGUCCCGGAAGGAGGUGGGUGGCAGCGCCAAGCUGCUGGGGAAGCUGCAGCCCCAGCACGGCACGCAGGGCUCGGGCAUGGCCGGGUUGAAGGACGCGCCGGGCGCCUUGGCUGGGCUCAGCUCGGGGGGGUCGUCAGCAGAAAACCUGCCCAACAUGAUGAAGAGCGGCUCCGCCAGCCCCAGCCGGGCCAUCAGCUGGCAGAGCUCCAUCGUGCACUACAUGAACAGGAUGUCCCAAAGCCAGAACGCGGCAGAGACCUCCCCGCUGGGCAGGCUGGCGCUGAAGGCCCAGGCGGCCAGUAAGGGCGGCUUGGGGCUGGACUUAAAGAUGAGGAACCAGAAAGGGUGUGGGGAGCUCGGGCUGAGCGUGCAGGGACCCAAGACUGCCAAGGCUCCUAGCGGCGGUGCUGGAGGGGACCAGAAAUCGGGGUUUGCUGCGGGAGGCCAAACGCUGCACAAUGGCAGCAAGAUGCCGGCCAGCUCGCCCGGGGCUGGCAGCCAGGCGGCCUCCAGCCAGGAGCUGAACCUCCAGGCUCUGAACCUGCAGAGCGUCAAGAACGGGCCGAGCUCGGCCGGCGGGAGCAGCCUCCCUCGCCACCUCUGCGGUGCCCUCUCCAAAGGCUCCGGCGGUGGCGCGGCGGCAAGCGCGGGUGCCGGCGGGGCGAAGGGCAGCGCGGCGGGUGCCGGGUUGAGCGCUGCCGGUGCCGGUGUGCUCUCGGGAGGGGACGGCGGCAAGAGCGAGAAGCAGGCGCAGCGGGCAGGCGACAGGGACUUGGCCAAAAGCGGCCCAGCCGGCACGCAGGAGGGGCACGCGGCCGCCGAGAGCUGCAAGCCGGCCGCCCUCUCCGAAGUGAGCACAGGCGAAGAGACCAGCUCGGAUUCGGACCGGGAUUCGGCUUCCUUCCCCGGCGUGGGUCAGAACAUGUCUGUCUCUAUCCAGACCAGCCAGGACUGGAAACCCACCCGCAGCCUGAUCGAGCACGUCUUUGUCACCGAUGUCACCGCUAACCUGAUCACAGUGACAGUCAAGGAGUCCCCCACCAGCGUCGGGUUUUUCAACCUACGGCAAUACUGAGCGCGGGAGCACGAGAGGAGGGGGAAGGUCCUGCAGCCUCUCCCUCGGCUUUGCCCGGCUCUUCCAUCAGGUUUUUCUUUCUUCAAGUGGAUGCGUGAGACCUGCUGGGACUCGAGUCCAGAGGGGCUUAAGAAAGACACGGUGAAACCUGCUCAGAACUGCCAGCGGGUCGAUGGAUCCCUCCCGGCUUCUCUCCAUCCCCUCCCGGAGCCCGAGCCCCCGGUGGAGCGGCUGACGCCGUUCUCCGGGAGCAGGGGCUCUGGUGCUGCCGCGGGGGACGGGCUGGCAAGUUUUGAGCCAGGCUUCACUGUCGGUGGGUUUCUUCGCUUUACAGCUGGAAACAGCAGCUGAUGACAAGGUCUGCGGCUCGGGCAGCGGGGAGAGGGUGUGGAGCUGCCAUGGGCCAGGUUUAUACUGAGGAGAGGAAAAGAAGAUCCUUUUCCUUCCUCUGGGCUCCCCGCGAAUCUGUCUGUGAGCCGCGGGGAGCCGCAAAUCAAUCCAAAUGAGACAGCCGCUGCUCCCAGCCCGGGGGGGCGGCUGUGCAUGGGGGUUUUCAGGGUACAUUCAGCCCAGCCACCCCCCUGGGCAAGGUCACUUCCAAUGAUGGUGAAGUCCACGACGUUUCUGUUGUGGUUUCCAGCUGAUAGGGAAAUAUUGUUUACAUUUUUUAUCAAGGAAAUAUCCUCUUCUUUUUCUUUUUUUUUUUUUUUUUUUUUUUUUUUGAGGGAGGGGAAUAAACCCAGCCUCGGGAAGACUGAAUCCUGGGUGCCACUGAUGAGACGGGGCACCAAAGGUGCCUCUUUCGGAGCUGGGGGCGGCUGGCAAUGGGUACCUCCUUCCCCCCGGGCAGGGUCCCGCCUUGGGCAGCAGCGAGAGCCGCCGGCGUCUUCGCGGUGACCCGACUUUCAGAGGAAAGCGCGGCCCAAAUCGCUGUGUGGCCCAGGGAGCCCCAGCGCCGCUCCUCCGCCUCCCGCCAGCAUCGCCAGCACCUCCCCCUCUCCUGCAGCACUUCCCAGGCUCUUGUAGGGACCAAGUCAGGGAAGACUUUAUUUUAUUUUUUUUUAAGUCUUGCGGAACGUGGGAACCCCUCCAGCGGCAGGUAGGUUGGUAUUCGGCCUGAUGGGCAUCUGCAAGGUCGGUGCUGCCAUUUGGCUGAAGAGCAGCGGCCGGGCAGAGCCGGGGGCGAGUGAGCCUGUGCUGGGGCGCUCACCGAGCGGGACUCACACUCAUCACCUCUUCCUCCAGCCGGGGGGGCUCAGAAGCCGGUC